GUCUCCCAACACGUUUGCUUUCUCUUUUGGUGGGAGAGAGAACGGUGUCAAAAAACGAAAGACAACAAAAACCUCAGUGCAAAAUUUGAAUUAAAAAAAUUCAAACUUUGAAGAUUUUUGGAAUCUCACAACUGUCACUGCUGUUUAUCCGCAUAACAGAUUAGGGUUCUAGAUCUGAUCGACGAAUGUGCUUCUGAUAGUGGAGAAGGGCUUGUCUUCAUUAUCUGGGUUCUUCUGGGUUUGAAGGAAACUAGCUUCAAAUUCAAGAUCUUUAGCUGUAAAAUGCUGCUGUUGACUUGCUGAGUUUGUUUGUUGGGUUGGGUUGUUUUUGUUUGAUAUUGGUUGACUGGAGCUUUUAAAUCUCAAUAAUGGUUUUCUGGGAAGGUUAUGUGAGUGAUGAAGUGAUGGGCACGUUUGCCCCUAUUGUGGUUUAUUGGUUAUAUGCUGGUUUCUAUCAGUUACUUCCAUCUUUGGAUAAAUAUCGGUUGCAUACUAAAGAAGAAGACAAGGAAAAGAAUUUGGUGCCCUUUGGAGCUGUUGUGAAAGGUGUUCUUCUUCAGCAGCUUGUCCAAGCAAUUGUUGCUCUCUUCUUGUUGACCACAACCUCGAACACACCUGAAGCUACGGUGCAGCCUUCUAUUCCCAAGCAAGUUUUUCAGAUCAUUACAGCGAUGCUUGUCAUGGAUACAUGGCAGUACUUUGUGCACCGCUACAUGCAUCAGAACAAGUUUCUAUAUCGCCAUAUCCACUCGCAGCAUCAUAGGCUGGUUGUCCCUUAUGCAAUAGGCGCACUUUACAAUCACCCACUUGAGGGCCUUCUACUUGACACCGUCGGUGGAGCCAUCUCCUUUCUUGCCUCCGGGAUGACUUCAAGAACAGCAGUCACAUUCUUCUGCUUUGCUGUGGUGAAAACUGUCGAUGACCACUGUGGACUCUGGUUACCUGGCAACAUCUUCCAUUUAUUUUUCCAGAAUAAUACAGCAUAUCAUGACAUUCACCAUCAACUACAAGGCCUGAAAUACAACUAUUCGCAACCGUUCUUUCCCUUAUGGGACAUGCUUCUUGGCACAUACAUGCCUUUCACUCUUGUAAAACGGCCGGAAGGGGGCCUUGAAGCAAGGCCGGCAAAGGACUAGUUAAGUGUCAAAGCCCUCGCAUCCGAUGGGACUGGUUUCCUUUUCCCUACGCCGGCAAAUGCUUUCGGAUGAUAUGUAUAUCAGAAGCUUUUAUUGUGGACAUUUCCAAAGUUGGUUGGAGCUCAAUGGUGUUUGGUGGCUUGACAAAUUACAAUGUUUCUCAGUUCAUAUUGUCUCAGAUAGCGUUUUUGCCGAGCCUCCUUGUGUAGCAUAGACUAUGAUAUGGUGAGGAACGUUUUCAUAACCCGGAUUGUUAAUUAUGAUGUAUUUAGAAUUUUUUGAGAUGUAAGUUGCUGAAAGAGUGCCAUUUUUUUUCUGCCGAUAUUUAUUUGUUAUACUGAUUUAUUUUUUCUAUUAAAAGUGUGGAUUAAAGUAACAUGUAUGAUGUAUUACUAUUAGCCAUGU